AUGUCCGACCAGUACCUUAGCUCCACGCCUCGAGACCAGGACUCCGAGGCCCGCGAGGCUAUCCUGGCCCAGCACCUCAACCCUCAGUUCACAGCCUCGCUGCAGGAUGAGACCUUUGCCCCCUCAGAAACGACCCACGAAGGUGCGGAGGACAGCCCGGAACCGCAGUCCUCUCUCCUACUUCAAGGUGGCGACAUACACCGUGACCUUUACCGGAUUGAAGCCAAGUCUAAGCAGGCGAAGAUAGAUAAACGGGCCGCAAGCUUUUCCGUUCCCCCAAGAGAGGCGGAAGAUGCAAUAGAAGAGGGUGUCGCAGCUAUGGAGCCCGGCAGCUUCCGUCGCCAUUUCGUGCAACAGCACAAGAAUGGCAAUUUCGAUUCUCCGGGGGUGACGACGUCCUUCCUCGAUUUCCUCGAUCUAUAUGGUAAUUUUGCCGGCGAGGAUCUAGCAGAGACGGAGGAAGAUUCGGUGGUCAGCGAAGACCGGGAAACUAGGACAUUGCCAUGGGAGCAAACCCCCUUGAUCCAGAGGGCCCGGCGGCGUUCACGAGUCGGCCGUCCGGGUGACGCAUCCAAUAUGAAAACAUUUUUCACACUGCUGAAGGCGUUCGUUGGCACAGGCAUUAUUUUCCUGCCCAAAGCAUUCCGCAACGGAGGAAUUUUAUUUUCCUCGAUUACGCUAGUGACGGUUGCGUUGAUCACCACUGUGUGCUUUCGCCUUCUCCUGCAGUGUCGUCGACAAUAUGGUGGGGGUUAUGGCGAAAUUGGUGAGCGGAUUGCAGGACCUCGUCUCCGGUCCCUUAUCCUCUCGUCCAUCACCAUCUCUCAGAUUGGCUUCGUGUGCACGUGUUUCAUCUUCACCGCCGAGAAUAUUCAGGCCUUCUUAAAGGCCAUGGCGACUAAUAUCUCGACGGGGAGUUUGAUCUUGCUCCAAUUGCUCGUGCUCAUUCCGCUCGCUUGGAUUCGAAACAUCUCUAAGCUGGGUCCGGCAGCGCUGCUUUCCGAUGUGUUCAUUCUCCUGGGACUAGGAUAUAUCUACUGGUACGACGUUGCGACUCUCGUAACGCGACCGGGAGCAGACCCAACCGUCGAGCUAUUCAACCCGCACUCAUUCACGCUGACCAUCGGUUCGUCGAUUUUCACCUUCGAAGGUAUCGGUCUCGUAUUGCCAAUCCAGUCCUCAAUGAGGAAGCCGCAACAUUUCGACCGUCUUCUAUACAUCGUCAUGGCGAUCAUCACUACACUCUUCACAGCAGUGGGCGCAUUAUCUUAUGCUACAUUCGGUAACCGGACUCAGACAGAGAUCUUCAGCAAUUUCCCCCAAACAGACAGACUUGUCAACACGAUCCAAUUUCUUUACUCCCUUGCAAUCCUAGUGGGCGCUCCAAUUCAACUGUUUCCAGCUACCCGUAUCAUGGAGGGCAAGCUCUUUGGGCACAAGUCCGGGAAAGGUGACACGUCAAUCAAAUGGAAGAAGAAUAUCUUCCGAAUGGUCCUCGUUUUAUGCUGUGCCUUCAUCUCCUCCGUUGGUGCGGGUGACUUGGACAAAUUUGUUUCCAUAAUCGGGUCGUUUGCGUGUGUACCGCUGGUCUAUAUAUACCCGGCGUAUCUGCAUUGGAAAGGCGUGGCCGAGCUUCCGUGGGAGAAACGGGGAGAUAUUGCUAUGAUGGUGCUUGGUUUCGUGUUUAUGAUUUACACUACCAUUGCUACGUUGGCUGUUUGGGUUCAAGGCAGUCCAUGA